AUGGUCGCACCGAACAAGGCGGAAAAUGGCGCAGCAGGCAAGGGUGUGGUUAACAACGGCGCACCGAAGAAGAUCGCGGCCGUUCCCGCAGCGGGAAUGGUCGCACCAAACAAGGGCGCGGCGGACAAUCAUGGCGCAGUAGGCAAGGGCGCGACAAAAAACGGCGCACCGAAGAAGUUCGCAGCCAUUCCCGCGGCGGGAAUGGUCGCACUGAAUAAGGGCGCGGCAGCGGACAAUGGCGCGGCGGGCAAGGGCGUGACGAACAAGGUCCCGGCGAACAAGGGAGCGGCAGGCAAGGGAGAGGCAGGCAAGGGAGAGGCCGGCAAGGGAGCGGCAGGCAAGGGCGCAGCGGGAAAUUUCGUGCUGAGCGAGGCGUACAAGGACGCAGCAGGCAAGGGCGCGGCGGGUAAUGGCGCAGCAUGGAAGGGCGCGGCGAACAAGGGCAUGGCGAAGAUGGGCGCGGCGGGCAAGGGGGGGUCAUCUCACGUGGAAAAUGCGCAUCCAGCCGCGGGCGCUGCGACCGCGCGUCACAUCAACAACAACCAGCCUGCUGCGAUGAUGGGCGCGGCGGGUAAGGGAGAAUCAUCCCACAUGGAGAAUGCGCAGCCAGCCGCGGGCGCUGCGACUGCGAGCCACAGCGCCAAGAAUCAGCCUGCUGCUGCGAUGAUGGGAGCGGCGAGCAACUUGAACAAACCCAACACGAACACAACCGGCGUAGCGCCUCACAAGGCAACUGCCCAGGACGUGGCGAUCGUUCCCCAGGCGCCGGCGCCGGCGAGUCACAGCGCCGCGAAUCCGCCUGCUUCUGUGACGAUGGGAGCGAGCAGCAGCAAGCCCGUGCGUCCUCAUAUGGCGACGGCCGAAGACGUGGCGAUUGUUCACCAGGCGCCGGCGCCGGCGCCUGCGACGGCAGCGGCUGCGCCGAUGGGAGCGGAGAAGGAGGAAGAGAUGCAGGCAGAGGCGUGGAGGAAUGUGGUGGCUGAUAAUGAGAAGGAUGAUGAGAAGGAAGGCAGCGAUGAGAACGGAGAUGGUCAUGGCAAGGACGAUGGUGACAGCGAGAAUGACGACGACAAGAAUGAGAAGGACGAUCAUGACAAGGACAAUGAUAAGGGCAACGACAACUUGUUGUUGAGCGACAACGAUAGGGAAAAUGGCAGUGAAGAUGAGAAGAAGAAAGACAACGAUGCGGUCAGCUGGCAUGGGAGUGAGAGCGGCAGCCAAGGAAAGGGAAGGGGCAGGGCUCAGGCCAUGCAUGAAGCAUCUUCUCGCGUGUCUCGCAUCAACAACAACAACGGCUGGGGGCCUCGCAACAAUCAGCGCACUGGGUUGCACAAGGCACAGCAGUUUCGCAUGGCGACAAGCAGCGAUGUGAUCCUUCCCAGGAGUGGGGCUCAGGGCACCGCCAAGGGAGCACCCUCCCGCGUGUCUCGCUUCAGCAAUAACAAUGGCUGGGAGCUUGAGGACAAUCAGCGCACUAGGUUGCACAAGGCACAGCAGUUUCGCAUGGCAACGAGCAGCGAUGUGCUCAUCACUCACAGGAGCGGGACUCAAGGUGCGAACCGUGGUGUGAGCCGUGGGAGUGAGAUCAACGGGGCACAGCAAUUUCGCAUGGCGACAAGAGGCGAUGUGGCCAUUCACAGGAGCGGGAUGCAAGGUGCGAAGCGUGGUGUGAACUACGGGAGUGGGCUCGGUAGGGCACAUCAGUUUCGCAUGGCGACUAGCAGCGAUGUGGCCAUUCACAGGAGCGGGAUGCAAGGUGCAGACCGUGGCCUGGACUAUGGGGAUGCGUUCCGCAGCAACAUCGAGACCAACGUGGUUGGCCUGCUGGCUGUCACUCAAGUCGUGGUGCCUCACAUGGCGGAGCAGGUGAGAGAGGGGGAGGGGGCAGGUGGUGCGAGAGGGGUGCAGAUGCCUCUUGACUCGUUCCGCAGCAACAUGGAGACCAGCGUGGUUGGCCUGCUGGCCGUCGCUCAGGCGGUGGUGCCGCACAUGGUGGAGCAGGUGAGAGAGAGCGAAAGAGGAGCGUAUAGGAUGCAUGUGGGUGCGUUCCGCAGCAACAUGGAGACCAACGUGCUUGGCUUGCUGGCUGGCUGUCACCCAGGCGGUUGUUCCUCACAUGGUGGAGCAGGUGAGGCGCUGAGUGUGGAUGCUGUCCGCAGCAACAUGGAGACCAACGUGGCUGGCUUGCUGGCCGUCACUCAGGCAGUUGUUCCGCACAUGGUGGAGGUAACAGGGCAUUGGCAAGGUCGUGAACAUAGGGUCGGUGUCAGCAUGGGUCACCACGCCCUUCGCUGGCACCUACUGUGCCGCCAAGGCACGCAGGCAGACUGGCAGCAGCUCACAGCAUCUCACUCCCUUGCCUCCCUUGCAUCCCUCCCUUCUCCUUCUGCUUCCCCAUCCGCUCCUCUCAUAAACCCGCAGGGAAGCGGCAAGGUCGUGAACAUAGGGUCGGUGUCAGGAUGGGUCACCACGCCCUUUGCUCACCUGAUCCCUCCUAUCGAUUCUUCUUCCCUUGCAUCCUCCGCCUCUCUCCCCUCCUUGUCUAUCUCACCCCUCUCCCAAAUCCUCAGGGCAGGCAGCGGCAAGGUCAUCAACAUAGGGUCGGUGUCAGCAUGGGUCACCACGCCCUUUGCUGGCACCUACUGUGCGGCCAAGGCAGCAGUGCACAGCAUCACACACGCGCUCAGAAUGGAGCUGAAACCCUUCGGCAUUCAAGUCAUGCUCGUCGCACCAGGCGCCAUCAGGCAGAUUGCCAAGGCAGCAGUGCACAGCAUCUCUCACACGCUCAGAAUGGAGCUGAAGCCGUUGGGCAUCCAAGUCAUGCUCGUUGCUCUGGGCGCCGUCAGUCCUUACUUCCGUACCCUCCCCUCCCCUCCCCUCCCCUCCCCUCCCCUCCCCUCCCCUCCCCUCCCCUCCCCUCCCCUCCCCUCCCCUCCCCUCCCCUCCCCUCCCCUCCCAUCUCAUCCCCUCCCAUCUUAUCCCCUUCGUUCCAAACCCAUGUCCAACUUCGGUGGCAAUUCUUCUUCUUCUGUCUCCCACCUGCGUCUCAAGAUAUUCACCCGCUUCCAGAAGCAGAUAGAGGCCAGGGCGGGGGCCUCUCAAACGCCCCAGUCCACGCCAGGAGACGUGUUUGCGAGGGCUCUAGUGGAGACGCCCCAGUCCACACCAGGAGACGGGUUCGCGAGGGCUCUAGUGGAGCAACAUAGAGGCCAGGGCAGGGACCCGUCAAACGCCCCAGUCCACGCCAGGAGACGUGUUCACGAGGGCUCUAGUGGAGGUGAGGCUGGUGGGGGGGCGCUUUGUGUGUGCAUAUGCCUGCAUGUAUGUGCACUUGUGUAUGUGUUCGUAGCAGCAGACGGGGGCCGUGGCAGGGACCUCUCAAACGCCCCAGUUCCACACCAGGAGACGUGUUCGCGAGGGCUCUAG